UCGAGAAUGAAGAGAGAUAAGCAUAUAGAGUGAGAGAGCGAGCGAGAGAGAAAGAGAGAGAGAGAGAGAGAGAGAGAGAGAAAGAGCAGAAGACGACCGCCAUUACAGUGAUUACAAGUAUACAGCCUUGUGAUCCCGUGAUCUGCAGGCGAGUAGAAACAAAGAUUGUGCACUUGUUUCUUCAUUGAUAAGAUAAGUUUUAUUUUUUAUUCGGGUACUGUAUUGUUGUCUCUUAGUCGCUGCCAGUUGAGUGGCAGCCAAGGUGAGAGUUAAGGUUAGAAAGGGGUAUGUCCAUACCUUGUGGGCGCAACCUCGUCACUCAGAAUAUUUAUAAGAACAUCGUAAUUACCAUGGAGAAGAAGACUGGUUUGUUCGUGACGUUUGGCCUCUUGAUGUUGCUCUGUUUUGUGGCUGACGUAUAUUCAGUGAAAUACGAGGGUUCGAAGAUGGUGAAGCCAGGUGAACGAUGGAACAUCACGUGCAGCGAUUUGCCAGCAGGAUCAUUAGCAACAUGGAAACGCAACGGGCAGUCAUUCGAUGAGGACUUGGCGAGCGGCUUGAUGAGUGUCAAGCCGACUUUCGACGACAAGCACAUUAACAUAAUCGCUAGUACUAUCGAAGCUGAUAGAGCUGUCAAGCGACACGAAGGAGCCUAUACCUGUCUUGACGGCAACGAGCCACAUCAUCUUACAAUCGAUUAUGACGUGAGGUUCAAAGUUCUGGGUAUCAACGACACGGUCACACUGGAGUGCCCCAACGCUGACCAGCAGCAGCAGCAGCAGCAGCAGCAGCAGCAGCAGCAGCAGCAGCAGCAGCAACAGCAGCAGCAACAGCCUGUGGAAUGGAAAAGAAAUGACAAAGCUCUUGUUGCGUCCCAGUGGGUCCAUGUAAACAGUCGCAACGUCACCAUAACACGCAUCCAGGACAAGGACAGUGAUAUUUAUGGCCAUUAUACUUGUACGGUGGGCAACGCUACUUACAAUUACCGUGUUGUCAAGCCACCCUUGGUGUACCUGCCACCGUCGACAAAUGUAGUGGAAGGUGAGAAGCUGCACUUGACCUGUCAAGUUAAAAUUGGCGAACCUGGAUUAAAAAUCGUCUGGAACGUGAAGGGGCAAAACUACUCAACCACUCGUGGCCGUGUUAAGUUAUCGCGAGACGAUGAGCACAGUCUCGACAACACAAUCCUCAGCCUCGAUAACAUUACUACGGAUGAUCAUGGCCACAUCACUUGCUAUGGUCUUUACAACGUUACCGACAUCGAUCCUCAACACGCUUACUCAACUGUCACAGUCCUCCGGGUUAAAGACAAACUCGCAGCGCUUUGGCCGUUCCUAGGAAUCCUCGCAGAGGUUAUCGUACUCUGCGCCAUCAUUCUUGUUUAUGAGAAGAAGCGCAACAAGUCCGAACUCGAAGAGUCUGACACCGAUCAGAGCCCCGAUACGAAACCCACGCCAAAGAAGGACUCUGAUGUAAGGCAAAGAAAGUAGUAGAGGAGCUGUUUUUUGCGAAGACUUGAACGAGCAGCAAAGUAUUCAUAAACAGUCAACAAGUGAGCUUUUCUCCUUGGAACAUACUCACUUAAAUUUACACACACAUAACGUACGUUUCUCGUUGCAUUCGUUACUAACUAAUUGAUUUAAUGCAAGUAGGGUGAAGGCCGGGAAAGGGGGAAAGUACGAACGUCUCGUGUGAAUGAAAAAAGGCACUUUUUAAGAUUUCUCUAAAAUUACAUCCGAUUUAUUAACGUAUAUACAUAAAAAUAGUUUAGAUGUUAAGAACAAGACCUGAUGAACCAUUUUCUCGUUCUUCUUGUAUUCCGUGUUUUUAAGAGCUUCUUGCUCCGUAUCCUAAUUACUAUUAUUACUAUUAGUAAUCCAAUACGAUCAAAUGUGCUCGUAUUGCGAGUACUUUUUGACUUUUAUUUGAAGUAUUAUAUUUAUAAUUGUCAUUGUUGCUAUUCUGUAUAUUUUUCGAUAUUUUUCGAUAUUUUUCGGCACAUCAGAUUAUUCUUUAUUUUCUCGGGAGAUCAUCACAUUAGUUUUGGUUUUUUCUCCACUUUGUAGAAUUUUCUCGUGCUCACCCGCCUCAGCAGUGGUUAUCGUAAGUAAUUUUCUUUUCAUCCAACGAACGAAGUUCUCCUAAUGUUAAUCGAGAAACUUAAAUUGUACUUCUUUUCUUCAUUAAUGCCAUUGAUGUUUUGUUAAAAAUAGAGCAUAAACAAUGACGUUACAUUAAAGUUGACUGGCUACCUUGUCUGUGAAUCUGUAUUUUGUAUCAACAUAAUUAUACUCUCAAAGAUCAGCUAUUUAAACUGUUGUUAAGUUUCAACUUGUUUAUUUUAUUUGGAAAGAUUGGUUUGUGAUAGAUUUAAUCGCGAAUUCGUUACUCGUCUUUAACAACGAGGUAAUUUUGUAGCGAUGUUGUUUGAUGGAUUAAUGGAAAAUAAUUAAAAUAAAGAAUGAUGAAAAGAAAUAUUGAUUAGAUAAAAAAAUUACUUAAAACAA